UUUGUUUUACCGCAACAGAAAUACAACCCACGUGUGGCAGGAUGAUAUAUUUCAGAUAAUGCACAGUCACAACUGGAACUUAGUCCGUCUUAGACUAUGGGUCAAUCCUUUACCUGAUAAAGAAUAUGCAGGGUUCCCUAUGGUAUCUCAACUUGCCCAGAGACUGACCAGCCUGGGCCUGAAGUGGGUUUUGGAUUUCCAUUACUCUGAUACUUGGGCUGAUCCAGGAUGGCAAAGAAAACCUGCGACUUGGAGGUCUCUUAGCUUCGAUGCUCUUGUUCAGAGAGUCUAUGAUUAUACCAGAAGUACCUUGGAACAGUUACGUGCAGUGAACGCAUUGCCCACUUUCGUUCAAGUGGGUAAUGAAAUAAACAAUGGCAUGUUAUGGAACGAGACUGAUCAGAUUUGUAUUGAAGGCGGAAAGCUCUGGCAAGAAUGUGGAGCCAACUGGGGUUCAUUCACUUCGCUUGUCACUGCAGGGAUCAACGCAGUGCGUUAUGUUUCCGAAGACAUUGAUGUCAUUGUGCACACUCAGUCUAUGGACUGGCUGAAUUGGUAUACAGAACUCGGGAAUCACAUGGACAUCAACCUCAUUGAUGUGUUCGGUCUGUCAUAUUACCCACAACAUAAUCCCUUUUUGAACAAUCUUGAAGCAAGGCUUAAAGCAUUGUCUGGUCGGUUUAGAAACCAUGAUAUCCACAUAGCUGAAACGACGCACCCCUAUCGACACGUUGAAGAUCCCAAUUUUCGCUAUCCAGAGACUGCGGAGUUUCCGUUUACUGCUCAAGGGCAACAGGAUUACGCUCAGGGGCUCAUCAAUGUCGUUAAGUCAGUGAGAAGGGCUACUGCUGUCACAUGGUGGGGAGGAGAGUGGUGU